GAAGCUCACUGCGCUCGUUAUGACUCGAUCAUCAACAACGGAGCGCAGCGGAGAUGCGAGUCGUGAAGGUUCUAAGACUCCAGACGCAGUAGACGUUGAGGAAUCACACUUAGUAGACGCCCCUGGAGAAUUUCCAGACAGUGACGAAGAAGGCGAAGAUGACGAAGAGACGGAGCUCGAACACGCAGCUAGAGCUGGAAUUCGCCUUCUCGAAGAGAACGCACAGCUGCAUGAGGAGCUGCAUCAGCUACAAGAGCAAUGUGCACAAGUUGAGAGUGAGAAGGAAGAACUACUUCGACUCGUAGCCGAGAAGGAGCAGCAGAAAACACAACUGUCCGAGCAUCUGCGCGAGUGCAUUCGAGAGAAUCAGGGAGUAUUAUCCGAGCUUAGCAAUGUUAAAGAGCAGAUAGACGAGUUGAAAACGCAGCUCCAAGCUCAAACACAAGCUCAGACCAACCGCCGAUCACCUGGAAAGAGACGCAACAAGCGCUUGUCUCCACGUCUCAAACUGCAGCUAGAAUUGGGCCCGUCGUUGGGAUGUUUCCCCUCCGCAGAUGAGCCUCCUUCGUCGGAGGAACCUUCACCCGCGCACAGCGGUGGUAGUCCAGACAAGCAGGAAUUCAUUCCGGCUGUAAGAAGAAAUUCCAUGCCUACCGUACUAGAAAGUGACUCUGAAGUCGAGACCAAAUUUGAGGAGGCACACCGUCGUAAUAGUGUACUAGGAAGGGAGCUUGCGAGUGCUCACAAGCAAAUCGGAGAGCUCAAGCCGCUCCAGCUUCAACUACGUGAGACUGACUUUGAAGUGCAGCUACUUCGUGCAAAAGUGGAAGAACAAGCCCGUGAAAUUGCCUCUUCAGCCGAAGAACGAGAAGAGGAGCGCGAACUGAUCGCAAGUUUGCGCCAUACAAUUGAAAUCUACCAAAGUUUAGACGAUCCGUGCGCCAGAAAGCUAGACGAGAUGCGAUCAGUGACUACCAGAGGAGACGACGAUAUACCCGUAUCACCACGCAACUCGCCUCGCCGACUGGGAGACAGGAGUCGGAGACGAGUAGAUGCCUCCACAGCCCCUUUACCGCCUCAAAUAAUACCAGUUGAUAGCUCAUAUCCGGCUUUGGAGGAACGCUUCAGUCUUCGCGACGAGAACGACCGCCUGGUCGCUGAGCUGGAUCAUCUCGGUCAACAAGUGCUAAAUCUCAAGCUCUUGGAAGGGAUAUCAAGAACAGUUCGCUCUCCUAAAAAGCCUCCGCAGGGUGGCACAGCCUUUGUUAACCUCUUUACGUCUUCACCAGUAGAAGCCCAAAACCUGGGUGAGUUACCUGCCAGCACUGUUGGUCCAGUGGGCUAUGGAACCAGCUCACGACUGAGAUUUCUGGAGCAACAAGCGUCCGUGUUGCAAGAUCUACUUCUGCGAUUUCGAGCUCAGUGGAAAUACGAGUAUGAAACACGACGCGCUGUCGAGAGCGACAAAGCAGACUUGCUUCAGCGCAUGGAAAAGAUGCAGACACUUCUGAGACGUCAGUGCGUUUCUUGCGAAAAGGAGCGUGAAGACUUGCUGUCUGAAGGCGAGUAUGCUCGUAAAAAAGCUGCCAAAAUGUGCGCAAACAUUUAG